AUCAUAGUAAAUACAAAUGAAAGAAAAUUAAAUAUGGCGGAUAUUUUGUUUGUGUGUAGUGAUUAUGUUCUAUUAUCUUGUUUAAUUAACUUUCCGAUAUAACUAUACGUAUUGCUUGUGGAACUCUUCAGAGUUCAAGAAAGAAUGAAUGCCACAAGUCUUUACGUAUCAACGUGUCGGUUAGUUUUACAAGCGGAUGCUGAUGAUCCAAAUUCAUGGACAGAUUUAUAUAGGCUAGUUCCAUAUUUGCGACAAAGUUUAAGUUGUACUGUGUGUUCAAAUUUGUUAAUUGAACCUCAUACACCAACUGAAACUAAUUGUCAACAUCAUGUGUGUCGUGGGUGUAGAGGUGGACGUAAGAAAUUGAAACCUUCGUGUGGUUGGUGCAAAGAUUAUGACAAAUAUAUUGAAAAUGUUCAAUUACGAAUAUUGUUACAGUGUUAUAAAAAGUUAUGUGAAUAUUUGACAAAUACAAACAUUUAUCGAAGUUUAAUACUUUCAGUGUCCUCUAAUAAAACAGGUAAUAAUGCAUCAGCUAUUGGUGCUAGUAGCCUCAUGGAACUUAUACAAGAGGGUUCUGGGUUUAAAGAUGAAUUUAAAAGUACUGCUGGCUUGUCAAAGUCUGCAUAUAGUAUUUUACCAUGUGUUUAUACAAGUACUACCUCAACUCAAACUCAAGGAAAUACUAUACAAAAUUCUGAAGCAGUGUCACAAACUAUAUCUGAAUCUCCUGCCAUACGUACUGUAUCAAAUGGGUCUUCAAUAUAUUCUGUGAUGUAUGCUGGAUCUGGUAACAAAAUAACAAUAAAACGGAAAGCAGCAGCUGCAGAUGAUACAGAAGUAGGACAACAGGAUAUGGAUGGAAGUCCACACAGCUCUGUAGGAGGGGUAAAAUGUAUUCCAUCUUCCCACCUUAAAUAUGGGACCCCUUCUCAGAAAAAAUCUUCAAAGGGCAGCAAAUCAUCAGCUUUUAAAAAACCAAGGUCAAGUUCUGCUCGAAGUAAAAGAAAAGGAUGUAGAUGUGGUAACGCUACAGCAAUACCUGGGAAAUUAACAUGUUGUGGUCAACGUUGUCCUUGUUAUGUUGAAAGUAAACCUUGUGUUGAAUGUAGAUGCAGAGGUUGUAGAAAUCCUCAUACAGCAGAUGGUUUAAAGAUUCGACCACAUAUACCUGAAUUACAUAACUUACAAUUACAAUUAUCAACUUCUUUGGAUUGUGAUGCAUUAAAUUCAGAUCCUUUAGGAUCAGUAUCACAAUGCCUCUCAACUUCUCCAACAACAAUUCAAGUAUUAAAUGUUUAUUCAACUCCGAGAUUAGAUAUUGAUAAUGUACCACAAAAUCUACCUGCUGCCUUGUUAGUAGGAGAAGAUGCUAUGAUAAGUACUGAAAGUGAAGCUGAAGACAGUGAUAUACAAAUUGAUGUGUGACAAUUCAAGUGACAUUGCCAGAUGUCAUAUAUGAUAUAAUAAGAAUAAUCUAUUCAUCACUGAAAUGACAAAUGAUGAUUUAUAAUCAACAGUUACACUGAUAAAUAGCAAAUAUAUUUUUAUCGUUCAUAAAUAAUCUGUGUAUCGUGAAAUUUUAGAAAAUUUAGAAUAUUAAGUCUCUUGUAAGUAUAAAUAAAUUUAUUUCUAAUGUAAAA